AAAAUGUCUUCGUCGGAGUUUGAAAAGCUGCAAGACAUGUAUAUAUCUCUAUAUGACGAAGUGAAGUUGAUUCCCGAACGGGUUCAGAAGUGUCAAGGAGAGGAAAGGAAGAGGAUGGUCAGAGUCUUUGAUGAGCGUGUUGGUGAGGCUGAAGAACUGCUUCAGGGCAUGGAGCAAGAACUGUUUGGCGCGCCAUCAUCCUUCCGGAACCCCAUGUCCACAAAGAUCCGACUGUACCGCAGAGAUUUAGCCAAACUGCAGAGAGAUAUACGCAGCUUAACUGGAUCAUCAGGGUUCUCUGGUCAUUUUGGAGAUGGGAGACAAGGGAUUUAUGCUGCAGAGAAUGAUCAAAGCACUCAUCUUCAAUCCCAGCGUGGUUUGCUCAUCCAGGGUACAGAGUCUCUAAAUAAUGCCACAAAGAGCAUUGAGCGAAGCCAACGGAUUGCAGCAGAGACAGACCAAAUUGGCACAGACAUCAUUGAGGAGCUUGGAGAACAGAGAGAACAGCUGGACCGCACCAGAAACAGAUUGAUUCACACCGGAGAAAAUCUCAGUCGCAGCAGAAAAAUCUUGCGAGCAAUGUCCCGGAGACUAGUGACAAAUAAACUUCUACUCGCCGUCAUUAUCAUCAUGGAGUUAGCCAUCCUAGGGGCAGUGGUCUACCUUAAGUUCUUCCGUAAGUAGACAGUAAGAGGAAAAAGACUGUAAAAACAGACAUCAUCCUCCUGGUGGCCUGGUGACAAUGUGCUGGAAACUUUCAAGGCUCUGUGUGUCACAUGGAUGUGUACGGGAGGUUAUUUUAAGCUCUAAACUGUAUUGGCAUAAGUACUGCUCUCUGGGUCAAAAGAAGAAGGUGAACAUGCCGUCAGUGGUAUGUUCAGAAAAACCGGGACCUGUAUAAAGAGUGGCGACCUGCUUCAUUCUUUGGUGUCUUCAGUAAGGUGCCAAAACCACUUGUGACGAGUGGAUGUAUAGGCAGAUGAAAGGAUGGAUGGUAUGAAUAAAGGACUCGAUGAAGAGACUGAAAAAUAAACAAACAAUAUGCUCAACUUACAUGCUUUUUUUACAGGACCUCAAUCACUAAUGAUACCAUAAAACUAAACUUUAUACCUAAAUGUAAUUGAAAAAUGUCUUUAGAAUUUUGUGGUUGAUUAAACAUUUUUGAGACAAGUCUCAAUGUGGUAUUAAAUCAUCCGGGUUUUGUUUUUGUCAGUUGUUGUGUU